UGGCUGGGGAAAGGCGAUAUCUCGUGUUGUGAAACGCUGGUUUGUUACCGCAGCGAGGGACUCGCGUCCUCAGACACCAAGCAUUUGGGCGGGUCAACAGAAGGCCGAGUGGUUGUCCCCUGCCUUUGCUUCGUUAUUGACAGUGUCGACAGUGGAAUUGGUCUUGGAGAUAUAAACUGAGGUCGCAUCGUCGGAGUAUCAAUGCAGGACUCGAGUCGUGUUCAGUGCAAGUAACAAAAGUUUGACAUUCGGCAAACCAUAUUGGAACGUCCCAGGCGCCGUCCCAUCACACAAAUAGACCAGUCAUGGACCGAAAGAAUGAUAAUACAGAGACGACCAUCCCUUUGCUGCAAGGGACAUCAAGAUCAGCAGGUCCCAGCUCCCCCAUACUCCCACAAUACCAAGCGAACCUCCUAGACGACCUCCCCGCCGUGCCAGAAGCCGACAAUAGCACAAGGCACGGCUCCAUCCAACACCAACAAAUCCAGCGGGAGGAUAUCUACGCAGCUUCUUCACCAGCCAGAACACAGUCCGUCCCGGGCAACCAGCAGUCGGCUAGGCAAUGGCACCGCUCUAUCCUCCAGCGGGCUGAAACGGCACGCUCAAACGGAGGUCAGCCCCCGUGGGCCAACGUCGUGCCUCUGUCGCUGCUAGGCCGCUGGGCGGCCGUGGUAGAGUGCCCUCUGUGCAAGGAGCUCACGCGCACUACACUCAGGCACGAGACCGGGAAGGGAACGCACUGGAUGGCAACGCUUCUCUUCUUCACCACUGCAGUCGGUGCGUUCAUCCCCUAUGUCACGGACUUUUCCAAGAAUGUCCGCCAUAGCUGCUUGAAAUGUGGUAGCACACUGGCCACGAACCACUUCGGGAGCGGAACUGAGGCGCACUUGAUUUGAACGUCUAGAGAAGUAGCAGGUCAUUGGAUCCUGCUGGUCUUUUGAUGAGGUGCCUAGGAUUUCACGGUCGAAUUCAAAAAAAUGCCCCGGGGUGCGCUCAUGCACAAUUGUCCGGUUGAUGCGUCUUUGGAUCAUGCGUCGUACUUAUUUUAUUCUACGAUGUGAUUAAUUCCUGAGGUGUAGCUACAGUCACGCUUUUUCGGAAUGCCAUCAAUCAAAAUCAUAUAUAAAGAGA